AUGCUGAAGAGCCGCUUCAAUGAACUGGGAUUGCAGGCAGAGAUCAACCGCAGGCUUCAUGACUCAGAAAAGCUACCAGACAAGAAGAUUGUGCCUCUGGCAGCAAAGGCAGUCGAUGUCUUGCAUGAAAUCGAGCAAAUGCUCCAGCCCGCCCAGCUGGUGUUGGCCCACCACUUCUCGGGUACAUCUGCCUCCACCCUUGCUUUGGCUUCUAACGCUGAACCCAACAUAGGCUACGUAAGCAGCAAAUGUCUAGUGGCCGCAGUCUCACUUAAGAUCCCGGAUCUUCUCUUCAAGAAUGGUGACAUGACUGUUCUCGAACUAGCAAACGCCGCCGGAGCUCUUGAGGGCCGACUACGACAGAUCUUACGUCUGCUCUACAACAAUGGUAUCUUUACAUACAAUGCCGAGAAUGACUCUUACGCGAACAAUUUCCGCUCGGAAAUGCUGCGCUCAGACCACUGGACUCAAUGGCAUAACUGGGUUGACCUCUAUGGCAACGAAUUCUAUGACAUCGCUCGCGGUAUUCCAGCCUCCGUGCAUAAAGGAACCACUCGAAGUGCUGCUCAGCAUAAUUUCGAUACCGAUGAUAACAUGUUUACCUACUUUGAUAAGCAAGAGUGGGUUCCGCGUCUCCAUCGUACCCUUGGUAGCGGCGCCAUUGCACAAGCUCCGGGCCUUGUCGCUGAUUAUCCGUGGCACGAGGUUGGCAACAGGACGGUUCUCGAUGUUGGAGGCGGUGGUGGCGCUCUGAUUGCGUCGCUACUACGACACAAUGCCAGCAUGAGAGGUGGAGUCUUGGAUCAGCCCACAGUGAUUGAGCAUAUCCGACCUUUCUUCAAGGAGGGCGGACAGUUUGCAGACAUUGGGGCUCGUGUCUCGCAGGACGAUCUCAUUUCAGGUGACUUCUUCUCGAAGCUUCCCAGUUACGAAGUCUACGUGAUGAAAUGGUGUCUGCAUGACUGGCUCGACCCGGAGGCAAUCAAGAUUCUACGCAACAUUCGGGAAGCUAUGAUUCCGGGAGAGAAGUCUCGUCUAGUGGUGCUGGAGUCGGUCAUGGCGGAUGGGGAGAUGGGAAGACUGUCCCGAUACGGUGAUAUCAAUAUGAUGAUGACAGCCAAAGGUCAAGAGCGAACUGCGGAUGACUGGCAGCGUUUGGCGAAGGCUGCAGGUUGGGUGAUUAAGGGCAUUUAUCCGUUGAGAAAUGCCUGGGUCAGUGCGAUUGAGAUGCGUCCAGUUUGA